AUGUACUGCGGCAGAAGCAUUGAACAGUGGGUGGUAGCCGAAUUAAGAGCACGGUUAGAAGCACUCAGACUCUCAAAAACCGGAAAGAAAGCAGAACUGUUCGACAGACUCCGUACAGCCGAUCCAAACGGUAUUACGGAAGCUAGUACAUCGAGUGCCGCCAUCAUGGAUAAAGACGGAGAGGAACAAGCGCGGGAAGAAGACAGGCAGGAUAACGCGGCCGGCGGAAGCGAGGUAACGCAAGUGGUAAAUCCGACUGUCAAGGCAAGCAUCCAGGAACGAGAGCUAGAAUUAAUGCGGCGGGAAAGAGAUUUGAUUGCCCGGGAACUAGAGGUUCUACGCCUGGAAAACGCGAGCUUGAGAAACGAGACGAGACAACGAGCGACCGGAAGGGAAGUAUCCGCCAUGAUGAGUGAGUCCUCGAGAUCGUUGUUACAGCAGUCGGUAACACGAUUGGUAGCGACACCGUUAUCACAAGAGACGAGUUCCAACGAUGUUUACUGGCGAUGGGAGAAGCAAUUCAAGUUAUUGUGUGCGACGUAUGAAUUGGAUGAUCGAACUGCCAGAAUUCUAGUGGGCGCUAGAUUGAAAGAGCAGGCACUUAAAUGGUUUCACUCAAGACCAGAAUAUUUAGAGAUUUCCGUCGAAGAACUACUUGAGGAGAUGCGGAAAAUGUUCGACCAUAGACCGGCUAAGAUCACGCUCAGAAGAAAUUUCGAGAAGCGAGUCUGGCAGGCAACUGAGCUAUUCAGUGAAUAUUUUCACGAUAAGGUGACGCUAGCAAAUCAAGUACCGGUCGAAGAGGAAGAAAUCGUCGACUAUUUAAUUGAAGGCAUAUCAGAUGCUUACCUAAGAAAUCAAGCAAAAAUUCAACAAUUCUCUACAAAGGAAGAAUUAUUGGCAGCAUUCGAACGGGUCCGGAUAGAUUCAGAAGGAAAAGGACGGCCACACCGAGGCGAUCAUACUAAAAAGGAGACAAGUGACAAUACUACGGGGAAAGAAAAAUCGCAACCAACGAAGAAGAUCCGCUGUUAUAACUGCAGUGAAUUCGGGCACAUAGGUCGAGACUGUCGGCAGGCAAAACGUGAACCGGGUUCCUGCUUCGAUUGCGGCAAGGCGGACCAUCAAAUCAAGGAUUGUCCACAGAGAGCUAAGAAGAACACAACUAAGGAGAAAACACGAGAUACGACGAGAGAAGCACCGAAGACAGAGGCGAAGCAAAUUAGAAUUAUAGAGGAACAGAUUUUCAGAGACUUGCGAUAUAAACUCAAAAGUGUCGAGCUAACGUUAGAACUGACUUUGCGUACUUGUAAAUGCGGUAGCAUUUUAAAAUGUAUAAUAGAUAAUCAAUUCGCGGAAAAAGUAUUGCUGAAGUGCAAAAUAAUCAAAGGAAAAGGAAAAUGUGAACGAUAUCUAACGUCACCUUUAAGAAAGAUCAUUGGGCAAGAAUGUAAGAAGCCAGUAAAAGUAUAUUGUGCUGAAAAAGCGGACACUGGUGAACUUAUAAUACCUGGAGAUUCUGAACCUACACAUUUAUCAGGGUUAGAAAUUAUAGUACAACAUUAUUACACUGUGAUUAACCCCUCACAAUCUGAGACGACUGGAAUAGAUAAUCUUGGCGAUGGUAGGCGUUUGUCAGAGAAAUCAGCGACUAAUCAGUGUCGCGAAAAAGAGUCACCAGACACUACACAAAGCGCUGAUGUGAUUACCACAACACUAAAUAAAUAA